AAGAGGUUUUGGAUAGACAUCCUCGGGGCUUUUGUUAUUCACAGAGCUCACUGAGACAUCUAUCACAUCUAUGGGUUCAAAGGGGCAAGGAGGAUUUUCCUCUCUGAGGUCAGCUUACACUGAUGCGCUCCCCUCCCUUCGGAAUAAAGUGAUCUUUUUCAGCUCGGGUUGUUUGUGUCACACUUUGUGUUACAUUAGACCCCAAAAUUAACUGCAUUUUUUUAUUUUUUAUUUUUUACGCAAAUUGCCUCACACAAACCUCAAACAAAUCAAAAACACAUUUCCUUAUUAGAACUUAAAUAUGGAUAAAUCACUUUCCUAUGGAUAGUGUAUUAAAAUUACAAAUGAAUUUGAAUAUUUUCAAUACAUGAAACUAAAUACACAGGAUAACAGGCUCUGCAUAUGUCUCCCUUUGAGACAUGUUUAUCAUAUAGCGUAUGGAAAGGGUGGAGACUUAAAAAAAAAAAGGGGGAGGAGGACGUGAGAGAAGCAGGGGAGCAAUCUUGAAUGAGAGAUCACAGGACCUCAGAGAGCUCUGCUACACCAGGAUGCAAAGUCCAGCUUAUUAAGUGGCACUUUAUUCAGUUUAAAUAAAUAUGAUUAGAGGACUAUUCUGACAAAAUUUUAUGGAAAAAAAAAUAGUGGUUAUGAAGAUCACUUUUGACAAACCAACUGUGCCAUUCCGCUUCUGACAGACUGUCUCACCUUUGCGCAACAGGUAUUGCUGGACACAUUUAACAGUAUUAACUCCAUGUAGGAAGAAGAAGCAUGCUGUCACCGUUUUGGCCCUUUGGCAUCGAGCAGGAGAUCAACUCAUGGGAUGUAGUGGAUGCAGAGUUAGGUUCAACUUUGGGAAAGUCCUGUCCAAAGUGUCUGUGUUUUUUACCAUGGUCCUGAUCUUCACCUACUUCUUCUACUGCCUCACCGGAUUCUGCGAUUCGGCUCCGAGGACUUUGUACAGUCAGCGAGGUUUAGACGCGGACGAUGACAUGCUGGGCGGUCGGCGUAGCAUACUGGAGGACCCGCCGGCGCGUCUCUUCCCCGACGCGUCUCACCGGAACCGCACGGACGCGCCGCAGGUGGUGCCGCAGCUGUCUGACGGGCGAGAGGAGAGCGCGCCGAGCAGCGGCAUCCCCGUGUCCAACACUUUCGGGACCAAAAGGCUUCCGCGGGCGAUUAUAAUCGGCGUGAAGAAAGGGGGGACCCGCGCACUGCUGGAGUUUCUCCGCAUCCACCCGGACGUGAGAGCGUUUGGCGCGGAGCCGCACUUCUUCGACAGGUUCUAUGAUAAAGGGCUGGAGUGGUACAGGAACCUGAUGCCUCGGACACUGGACGGCCAGAUCACCAUGGAGAAAACACCCAGCUACUUUGUCACAAAGGAGGCCCCUAGCCGUGUCUGCACUAUGAAUUGCCAGACCAAGCUAAUUGUGGUGGUCAGGGACCCAGUUACACGGGCUGUGUCAGACUACACCCAGACACUUUCCAAGAACCCAGGCCUUCCAUCCUUCCAGAGCCUCGCCUUGAAAAACUCCUCCACGGGUUUGAUUGAUACCACGUGGAGCGCCGUGCGCAUAGGUCUCUACGCCAUGCAUCUGGAAAACUGGCUUCAGCACUUCCCUUUGUCUCACUUUCUGUUUGUUAGCGGCGAGCGGCUAGUGUCUGAUCCGGCGGGGGAGAUGGGUCGGGUCCAGGACUUCCUGGGACUGAAAAGGGUUGUGUCAGACAAACACUUCUACUUCAACCAGACUAAAGGCUUUCCUUGCCUGAAGAAGCCUGAGGGGAGCAGCAGACCUCGCUGCCUUGGAAAGUCUAAGGGUAGACCUCAUCCCCAGAUCCCCUCUGAGGUCCUGCAGAGGCUCAGAGACUUCUACAGGCCCUUCAAUCACCGUUUCUACCAGAUGAGUGGGCAAGACUUCGGCUGGGACUGAAAGCAAGAGAUUUGCUGUUACCAUUUCCACAGGGCUUAUCGUUCUCAGGGAGGGGGUAGAGACAAAGUCCAUCCUGCCCCAGUAGAAACCACAUGACAUGCAGCGCUCAUGAACUUUCACAGUUUUGUCGUAAAGUAAAACCUGACGUGAACACAGUGCUGCUAAUAUGCAAGUUACACACAUAGUUAAAGGCUUAGUUAUCAAACCAUUACGUGUAUGUUACGUUCUCCUGCCUUUAAAUACAUUUUUUACUUUGUGUUUUUUUGUAGAAUAAGCUGAUAUUUAUAGUUUCUGUUGAUACAAAAGACGACAGUUACAUUUUCUUUUUUUUUAUCAAAGAAAUUAAUUUAUUUAGACAUGAAACUAAUGUCUUUGACAUUAGGGAUAAUGUCGCACUCUACGAUACGUUGACAACAUUUAUAUUUUCAUUGUACUGUUUCUAAAUUUGUAAUUAUACAUAUUUUAGUCUGAUGUCGCAAGAUAUGUACCGAUGAUACCUCGUCUGUAAAUACUAAACUGAACAUACACACAUUCCAUCUGUAGAUAGUUGCUGUUAUUUUCCCCUUUCAGAGCUGCAUCACACUUUUCUUUGCCUUGGAUGCUAUUACCUUGGACCUUGGAUAGCAAAGUUUGAUCCGUGGUUAAUUUUAACCAUUUGAACUCGCACACUUGUGUGUGUGAAAUCUUAUCUGAUAUUGAUUCUCUGUGUUGUGAAGUAAAGCUUUACCUGAAAUUACAUUCAUAGCAUGUUUCAUCUCUUUUCAUCACUGCAAAGAUAUGUUUUUGUUUUUUUUUUUAUUGACGUUUUGUCCUGUGUUGCCCGCGACGCUGUAGUAUGUGAUUGUAUCCACAUAAAUAUAAUCACAUGUAGAUUACAGGUUGUGAUCAUGUUCAGUGUUCUGCAAUUGUCACAUUUCAUUGAUCAGUCGGUUUGUAAUGUUUAACUUAUAAAGUUUUAUGAAUGAAUUAUGCAGCGCUAGCGACAGUAACCACUAAAUGACUGCUAUUUAUAAGUUAAGUAGCUUUUGAUGUGAAGACAACUACUUUUUAAUAAAAAUGGAAUUGACCUAACUA